UCUGUAAGCGUCGGUCGACGCAGCAGAAUCAAGGACAGGCAUGCAAACACAAAUCAUGCACAAUGCACCAACGCAAAACAGACGCCAAAGGCGAACUUAAAUAAUCAAAUACAAAUGAGAGGCAGGUGCGUUGGAACAGAAGGUAAAGCCGGAUGAAGACUGAAUGGAACAGAACAGGAAAUAACUACAAAAUAAGGGCAUGGAGACAGGAACUAAGGCAUAGAAAGUGAACAUACUGUAAAUGAACUGUCAGGCAGGCACACACUCAGGGCCUGACCAUUAGAAAACUAUAUCAAGUGCUAUAUUGUAGGAACAAUGGAUCAUUUAAAAAUUCAGUCUUUUUAUAGAAAAAAAAUGGACAGAUUACUACGUAUUUAAAAAAAAAAUAUAUACAUUUGUUGAGUGUGUAUUGUUGCUGUAUGGACUCCAGCAAAAUGAAAGACACUAACAGACCUGCCAACCUUAAAGAAGUUAUAUACUAAGCCCCCAAGGGGGCCCGCCCCACUACUUGAGAAGCACUGCACCAAGCAUCUGCAACACAAUGCUGCUUUGUCUAUUCGUCCAUCAUUUUUGUUAUCUUAGUUAUCCAGCUGUCAAGAUAGCUGGCCACACACGCACCCCCUGCCAGCUAACAGGCUCUCAUAAAAGAUCGAAGAUGUUAUGAAAUGCCAAUGUAACAAAAAUGAUUCCAAUAAUAAUGAAGUUGUGCCUCAACCGGCACAUAUUGCAAGCACCUUCCCUUGCAUACACGAUAGUCCCUCUCAUUUGCUUGAGGUCUGUGGUUUCACAUGAUUAGGAGAAGAAAGAAAACAAGCAAACAUGGUCUUAAGGGGCAAAGAGACUGGUUGUUCAGCUGACAGCACAAGCCAGCGCACUGACGUACGAACUUAUUGGAUAAAUCAAUAUAACGGUUAAACAUGUCUUGUAUAUUAAUUACUUUCUUCCACCAACAACACAUCUAUUUUUGACACGAGACAAACAACAUUUUUAUUGACAUGAUAAAGCAGACUUGUCUGGGAUUGAGCCAUCUUAACUCCCCUUCCUUCCUCCUACUCACUUCCAAUUUUGAGACUCGGGUCAUUGUCUGUAUUCUGAGCUCAGGUUCAUACAGUUUGUCCCAGUGCAUGAAUCCCUGGAAAUCAUGUUGUGGCUGCUGUAAAUAGGAAACAAAGAGACAAGUGUAGAUAUUUAUCACAACUUCAUCUUAUUCUGUAUGCAACCUGCAGAGUUUUGGAACAGCAUUCAGCAGGUAAAAUUACAACCAAAAGCAAUGCAGUAAACAACAUUAUUAUGUAUGAGGGGGAUGAUGUAUUCAAGAGGCAAAAGCACCCUUUUAAAAACACAUAAUGCUUCCCAAAUACUGUAUAUAUUUUAGACAAAAACAAAACUAAAGCUCAAACCCAACAGGCGAAAACUGCUUGAGACCAAUUUACAUGUCAAUGAUGGCAUGUGCUAAACAUGUCUGUCAACAUUUGCAGUUGAAAAGCAAGGAUAUUUUCUGGAAAUAAGAGGAAAAGAAAUAUAUACCAGGUGGAAUGAUCCAAAUGCCUACUGUGGUGUAACUGUGUUAAGGCCUGGUCACACCGCCCCAACUUUGCUGUAGAGCGGUGAAAAAAUUCAUCACCGCUCGUAACCGCGCACAAAAUGGAAAAAAAAAAUCGAUAACACGGGUGUUGUCCUAGCGUUGCACCGCUGAAACCGGCGUUGCUUUAGCGGUAGCGCACGUUGGUUUAGCGGUGACGCAAGCGUUGAUAGAGCGGCGUUCUGCGCAUGCGGGUGUUGGCUCGGCGGGAGUAUAAAGUUGUUAUAACGCCAUCCCGCUUUUGACGACGGAGCUGAACGGAUCGCUAGUUCUACAUUUUUGAUCGAAAUCGAAGUUCAUCAUGACACGGAGACAAAAUAGGAGGAAGGCUGGAGAAGGAAAGGCAGCAGGCCCCAAGAAGAUGUACCUUUUGAUGGCAGCUGAACCAAUGGAGUCAGGUAAAUAUAUGUGGCCCACUGGUUGCGUCAAGAAAUAUUUAACAUCUGUGAAAAAAUACUGUUAUUCAUUUAUUUAUUCAUUCAUUUAUUGCUAUAUUUUGCAGAGACCAGUCAGGCCACACCCUUUGCCACUUGUAGCACAGCCACAGCCACUGCUAGCUACCACAGCCCAGGCAGGGGCAGCUGCUGAUGAGGACUUUGAUGAUGACACUGACGAGGCCUUGACACAGGAUCAGCUUGCUGAUGAGGAGCAACCCUCUGGUGAUGACCAAACUGAGAAGGGCCGUGCUGCUGCUGGUGCUGAAGACUCUGACUCUCAGCACCCACACUUUGAGAGGGACGAUGAACAGCGUCAGCCUCAGAAGAAGUCUCGCCGCAAGCCCCUCCUGCUUGACAAUGACACUCAGGAGCAACUCUUCGAGUGGGUCCGGGAGCAUGAACUUUUGUGGAGGAAGGGGGCCACCGACUAUAAGUAUGCAAGGAAGAAGACGGAGCUUUGGACAAGGAAGGCAAGAGAGCUGGACAUUGAGGAGGGAGCUGAAGCUGUCAGGACAUGGUGGAAGUCAGUCCGGGUCCUCUACACGAAGCUUCUCUCCAAGAAGUCUGGCCAGGCUGCACCGAACUUGACGGACAGGGAGCUGUUCAUACAGAGGAACUGCGCCUUCCUGCACAAGGAGGUGAAGCCCAGGAAAGGUCAGCCACUGAGAAUCAUACCCCUCACACAGGAACCUUUAGCCAGCCAGCCUCCAGCAGCCCAGCCCUCGGCGUCGGCCAGCACCGCCUUCCCACGACAUCGAGGAACAGGAAGAGGACGAGGGCAUGAAGGCCACCAAUGCCCUCAUGGAGAGACUGGUCCAAGCACAAGAAAUCAGCCAUGCAAGGCAGCCCUUCAUCAAAUACAUGUCCCAGUCUCUCCAAAGACUACCUGAGGCCCAGUACCAGCUCACAGUGAAGAGGAUGACGGCCAUCCUCCACGAGAUGCAGCGACCAUCCCCUGUCCCCUUCCUCCAGCUCCACCACGUCCAACAUCAGUUCUGUCACCCACACUCACAUUUUAUCAGCAGCACCAGCAGCCGCAUUACUUUCAGCCCCAGCCUCAGCAUCGCGGCUUCCAGCAGGAGCAUCUCAGCUUCCAGCAACUGUCUCAGUUGAUGCGCACUGGGUAGCGGGUGCGCAUCAGGUUGUGGGGGAUGCAGCAACAUUCCAUGAUGGUUCUGAGAGUUUCAUGGUGAUGUUGCAUGGUGGUGAGCAGAAUCCGGAACCUAUUGGCCAAGAUGCCAAAAGAGUUCUCCACGACCCGUCUUGCCCUGGAGAGCCGAUAGUUGAAGAUGCGCUCCUCCUGGGUGAGAUUUCUGGUGCUGUACGGCUUCAUGAGGUAGGUCCGCAGUGAGAAGGCGUCAUCCCCGAUGAUGAAAUAAGGCACAUCUUGAUUGUCAUUGGGUAGGGGGUCUGGCUGAGGAAAGCCAUGAAUCCUGUUCUGGUCAAGCCCACGAUGGAGAUCACUUUCGUUGUAGAUCUGAGCGUCUGAGGAUGAGCCAUUGCCCGAGACGUCAAUGGAGGUGAACUUGUAGUCCGCAUCCACCAUGGCAAACAGGAUCAAGCUGUAAAACCCUUUGUAUUUGUAGAAUUCUGAGCCAGAGUUAGGAGGAGCUUUACAGGACAUGUGCUUGCCGUCAAUGGCACCAACUGUGAGGGGGAAGUUCCAUCUCUGGUACCAUUGUUCAGCCAGGUCUCUCCAUCCUUGUUCAGUUGUUGGGCAAAACAAGAGUUCAUCUGUGUACUCCUCAAUGAUGGCCUUUACCACUUUACCACUCUGACUACCACACUGAUGGUGUUGUGGGGAACCCUCCAGGCGUAUUGCAUGUUUCUGUAGGUGUUACUGCUACCAUCAAGUCACCUCAACACACACCACAACAUUUCCCGCCUUCAAAAUAGUAGCACAUCCUGUGAGGGUGGUACCAAAUAAGGGCGUCACAAAAAAAUAGCAGUAGUACAGUUUUAUUGUAACUUUGAGCGGAAAAUUGCGCGCUAUCUAAGAUAAGUUAUGUCUUCUAAGUUAUAGUCUAAGUUAUAUCAAUCAAAUAAUUUUGUACCAUAGUGUUGCCCUAAUGCAUGUCUACAAUAAUGUGAAGAUUUAUAGUCUAUUCUAGCUGUGACCUUAUUUUCUUAUGCCCCGGUACUGAGGGCAAUGGGGCUCUGGCUCUAUUGCGAUGUUAAUAAUUUGAUAGUCAGUGUCUAUACCCAUGCUACGCAUCUAAGUGAUCCGGGGAACGUCAGCUAAAAGCUCACCACAAUCAAUUGUAAGAAAACAGAAGGCAAUUGAAACCACACGGACUUAAAUGGGCAAAUGUUGGAAGCAAGCGAAUCGUCGAAGACCAGCACAUGUUCUUAGUAAUUCUGUAAAAUCAUAAGGCUGUGACAAGAGAGGGAGACUGAAUGACGUGUAUGAAGCCAAAUGCACAUGCAAAUACACAAAUGGCUUAAAACAGCAAUCAAGUUUCAACGUUGAUAUGAAGAAACGCAAUGCCUGGCUGCUAUGUGAUGCCCUAAAGGAGCGAGUCCAAUCUCCACUAGGAACUUUUUAGGCUUUUGAUGGUCCUGCCUCAACUCCAAUUUCCAAAAAAGAAGCAGCAACAUCAAUGAAACAAACAAAUCGAAUAUGGGAGAAUGUAAAAAAAAACAUGCUUAUUGUUAAAAGAAAAAAGAUGAUUAAUGUGCAUGACAUUUCAAGAUACUACUGUAUAAGGUUGAAAAGUUGAGGUCGGUGUGGGUGAGAUUUGGAGAAACGUUUUAUAGUGGAAUUCCCACGUCUGUCCUUCAGGCUUUUUUUCAGCACAUAAAAUGUCAAAAUGUAGACGAUCAGCAACACUGAGUUUCAUGUCAAAUCAAAUAAUGCAUUUUACUGCCAGAUUUAUAAACUGCAGGCUAAAAACGUAUCUGUGUUUCCAACACCGUCUCUUAGAAUUAUCAACAACAAACGUGAGGAAUGCAAAAAAAAAACUGUCACAGAUAAUAAAUAGUGUCCACCAAUUGAUCACUGAUUAGCAGGAAAAUUAUGAUUAAUUACAUUUUUAAAUGACAUUGUUUACUUUUGAAAUUAAA